AUGGAGACAGACAAGCCCCCAGUCGCUAAGGAGAUCGGUGCCUCCCAAACAAAGCCCCAAGAAGAUGCACCCUGCCCCCGCCAGCCUCCAGCACAGCCCCCACUCCACCCCCAGCAGAGCCCCAGAGCCAGUCCCAGAGCCACCCCGUCUGCCCCCCAGCCCCCCGGGGUGCUCCACCUGGGGAAGGUUCCCCGGGAGGCCUGCAUGGUGGUGGAGGCGGUGAGGAUCGUUGUUCCCCGUGCCGCCAUCAGCCGGAGUGGGGGUCAUGUGGGUCCGGCUGAGGAGAAAGGAGAGGCCUGGGCUGGGCAGCAGAUGGAGGAGCGGCCCCCCUCUCCCUCCCCUCCUCUGGAGGACCUGAGAGGAGCCAUGGAGAAGCUGCAGAACUCAGAGAGAAGACUGCUGCAGGACAAGGAGGGGCUCCUCAACCAGCUCCACGUGCAGACUGAGGUGAACAGAGAGUUGAAGAAGCUGCUGGUAGCCUCUGUAGGUGAUGACCUGCAGUACCAUUUUGAGCGUCUGGCCAGAGAGAAGAACCAGCUGAUCUUAGAGAACGAGGCUCUGGGUCGCAGCCGGGCCUCCACAGCAGAACAGCUGGAACGCAUGUCUAUACAAUGUGAUGUCUGGAGGAGCAAGUUCCUAGCGUCCAGAGUGAUGGCGGAGGAGCUGACCAAUGCCAGGGUUUCUCUCCAGCACCAGACCAGAGAGGCUCAGAGCGCCAUCACAGACCUGCUGAGUGAGAGAGACGAGUUCUCUAGAGACAUGAUGCUAACCCACAGGUCUCUGGAGCAGCUGCUGGUCUCUCUCCAGUGGGGUCGACAGCAGACCUACUACCCCAGUGGCCAGCCACUCAGCACGGGAGAACUAGCCCUAGCCAAUCACAAGCUGGCGGACGCCAUCAACUCCCGCCUGCUGGGGAAGGUUGGGCCAGUGGGGAGCAGCAGUGGAGCUGGGCUGGGGAAAGGAAGACAGGCCUCAGAGCUCCCUAACACCUCACACACGCCGGCUGAGAAGAUGGCUGAGAAGGUGUUGAAGAUCCUGGACCCGAUUUCCUGUUCAGACAACGAGGAAGAGCCCUCCCCCUCUAUCUCUGACUCCUCCCCCUCGGCCUUCCUGACCAAUAAGAAGAGCAUCGGUCGGUUCCACCCUUACACUCGCUAUGAGAACAUCACCUUCAACUGCUGCGAGCGCUGCAGCGGAGACAUCCUGGUACUCUAGGGGUCAGAGGGCAGGGGUCGUGACCUUUAACCUGGACAGGUCAACGCAGGCCGCUGUGAGGAACACCAGUCGGCUCUCCCUCCGUCGAACUGUCUGGUUUCACAGCGGCCUCAGAGCGCUGAUUUUAAUUGGCUGAUCUCUCAGUCCAUCACCGUCUCAUAACUCUUAGAACCUCCCACGACAUUGUGGGCUUCAGAACGUGAGCAGAGCAAGUGAUUUAAACAAGGAAGUGAGUUCGGAGAAUCUGAAAGUAUUCCAUCUUAGAAUCAAUUGGGCUUCCCAAAAAUAAUAUGGUCAAAGUCAUUCCACGGACGGCCGAGUGUCUGUGGGUUUCUGGUCCUUCCUUGUACUUGACUGGUG